CUACAGGAGAUCUCAUAACCCUAACAAACAUAUCUCCUUCUUUCCCAAUCUCCAUUAGAAUAUACCCACAAAAUCUCACAUAGGUCAAGCUCUGGAAUGGAUAAUCUGUGGGAGAUCUUCCCCUCCACUGAGUAUUAUUAUUAUCUGGACGAUCAUCCACAACUACUCCACCAGAUCCCCUCGCAACAACCAAAUGGAAUAUUAUCGUCGUCUCAACAAAACUACACCAUGGAAGAUCCGACCAGCUGGAUUAAUCCCAAUAAUAAUGAUUGUGGUGAAAGCUUUAAGAAGAAGAGGAAGAGAAGGGAGAUGAAGCUGCAGAGUGGUGAUGAUGAUGAUAGUUGCAGAAGGGCUUUGCAUAGAGAUGUGGAGAAGAGAAGGAGGAACCAAAUGGCUAAUCUUUAUGAAUCUCUUAGGUCCCUUCUUCCUCUUCAAUACAUCAAGGGAAAGCGGUCAGCAUCAGAUCACAUGCAAGCAUCAGUGAGCUACAUAAAAGACCUGGAGAAGAAGGUUGAAGGGCUUCAUAAGAAGAGGGAAAAGAUGAUUAUGAAGAUGAAGAAGACAUCAUCAUCAUCAUCAAACAUUGUUGUCGAAAAAGAAGCGAAAAGCGCAAAGUGGUGUUGUGCUAAUGAUAUUUGUGUGGCGGUGAACAAGUGUGAAGAUGGGAUAGAGAUUUUGAUGAACACGCGCCACCGCCGCGGCGGCGUAGAAUAUCCCCUCUCCGAACUGCUGGAGACACUGCUCCGGCAAGGCCUAAACGUCGUUAACUGCUGUUAUUCUCACCAGGAGGAUAGGUCGUUGCUCAGGAUUCAAGCUCAGGUACGGUAAAUGGAUGGUCUGAUGUAGAUGAAGCAGCACUGCAACAGAAAGUAGUUGAUGUGGUUAUUAAGCCCCAUUAAUUUGACAACCAUGCAUGUUAUCUCUUACCUUGCUAUCUCAACUUCAUUUUCGUAGAGAAUAUUAAUAAUCACACGCACACCUAUAUAUAUAUAGUAUAUGCAUCAUAAUGCAUGCAUGGAUGUUGUGGCUGACUAGUUUCAUUGUAUU